CCUGCAGGCCCGGACACCCGCACCUCCGCUCCUGCAGCUCCGACGUCUCCGGCGGCAGGAUGAGGCCAGCGGCUCAGGUUCUCCUCUUCCUCCUCCUCCUCCUCCUCCUCUUCCUCCUGGUUGUCGUCCACAGGAGCGCCUAACAGUUGUUCUCCCACCUCCUCCUCCUCCUCCUCCGACCUCCUCUGGCUCCGGGUGUUCGUUCAUGGAUUUCUUUAUUCCUGGAUGAGUCCAGAUUUUUCCUCCUCUGCUGUGGAUCGUCAGUCGGACCGAGGUCCAGGGACGUCACGGACCCGCUCAGCAUGAACCUGAUCGGGGGCUAUCACCACCACCACCACCACCACCACCUCAUGCACGAGCCCUUCCCCUUCGUCCAGCGGUGCCACCAGGACGGGCCUUACUUCCAGAGCUGGGUGUUGAACCGCGGAGAGGUCCCGCCGGACCUCCACGUCCAAGCCGCCGCCGCCGCCUCUUACCCGGGAGUGGAGCUGCACGGAGCCGCUGUCGGUGGAGCCGGGGCCGCGCACGACCCGCGGCUGGAGGGACUCCAGGCUACGGGCUGCGGGGGUAUGUUGACCGGCAAGAGAAGAGCCACCGGGCCGAAGAAGGAGCGCCGCCGGACGGAGAGCAUCAACAGCGCGUUCGCGGAGCUGCGGGAGUGCAUCCCCAACGUGCCCGCCGACACCAAACUGUCCAAAAUCAAGACGCUCCGCCUGGCGACCAGUUACAUCUCCUACCUGAUGGACGUGUUGGCCAAAGACUCCGGGGAGACGGAGGGCUUCAAGGCCGAGAUCAAAAAGUUCGAAAACCGGGACCUGAAGAGGAAACGAGAACCGAGUGAAGGUCAGCAGGACUCUCUAGGAGCUGAGAAGAAGGUCAAAGGUCGGACCGGGUGGCCUCAACAAGUCUGGGCUCUGGAGCUCAACCAGUGACCCUCCAUCCAACCCUCCAUCCAACCCUCCAUCCAACCGUUUAUUUAUCCUUCCUCCUGGCCUCUGUGGGCCGCGGCCCUCCUCAGUGACCGCUCCCCGCCGUCGCUCGUCCAUCCAUCCAUCCAUCAUCCAUCCAUCCAUCCAUCCAUCCAACCGUCCGUCAUUCUUUCUGAU